AUCCUUCUCUCACAUCGAGCUUCUACGUUAAUUAAUACGUAAUGAUUCCAAUGUUGCUUUUAACCGAGUAACAUAAGAAUUGCCUAAACUAGAAAUCUUUCCGUUACGCAUUAUGUUCAUUUAAUAAAUUAUGCACGUACAUCGGCGGUAAGUGAUAUCCGAAUAAAUCUGCAAUACACGACGCAGCGCGAAAACGAGACGCACACCGAUGACGUGAAAUACGACAGACAAAAUCAACGUUUAUUUUAUCUUAGAUUGAGCAAACGCGAAUAAGAACAUCAUUAUCGUAAUCUGUUAUUCAUGUGAUUAAUAUUGCACACCACAAGAACUGUUAACGACGAAAAUAAACGUGCGCGCUACGAUAUAUUUCAAAGCCGGAUAAUAUUGUUUUAGACUCGAUCGAGGCUGUGAUCGAGAUUUCGCAUAAUUGAGAGGCAAAACAUCGAACAAAGAAUAAUUAGCGGAUACACGCCUUUCGGGCGGUCAUCUGGUAAAACCUCGGGUAAAAUUUAAAUAUUAGUUUAGUGACAGUUUAAUGUCUGCGCUUUGGCACGGCUCUGCGCCGAUCCGGCUUGAAUCUUCAGUAACGAUGUUGAAACCAAGCUUAUGAUACGCUCAGACAAGUCAGCCAUAAAUAACGACGGUUAAUAUCGUUUUUCUCACCUUUAUUACAACAAAUAACUAAUAUCCUUUUUCCUCUCUCUCUUUCUCUCUCUCUUGAGCCGAGGACGUUUCAUAUUCGAGCAGAUAUAGUUCGUUCAUCCUGAAAGAACUAUACACAGACGAGGGGGAAGAAAACGAUAUAAACAAAUCAACAAACGCGUCUAUGAAAAACAUAUACGUAAAGAGAAUAUUGUAGUUCUUUUUCAUAAAAAUUCUUUCCAAUUCUGCUAUGUUUUCAAUAGUAUACGAAUAGACUGUCAGUAAGGCCUUUAUCUUGCUAAGGAACAUAGUAAACUUUGCUAGUAGACUUUGCUAGAAACGCAGCAAAUGUUUUACUAGCAUAUUUCAGUUCCUAGGAUACACACAAGUAGCACAUAUGAAAUGAAAGGAUAAUGAAUUACCGCAGAAUAUCGCAGAAUGAUUCCUCGCAUAAAAAAUCCUAUAGCAAUAUUUACUAUAAAAUUCUCUCCGUGUAGGCCGCAAAACCAAUUGCGAGUCCUCAAAGAAAGUUCGACGCGAAAGAAACUCCAUUCCGUCAUGCACGUUUGUCAACGAUACAGUCAAAAGUCCACGCAUCAUUAAAACUUCGUAACUGGGACACCUGUCGAACGCUCACACGUUCUUGUCACCAAGGAAUCGCGUCACUCGUAAGUUUCGGUAGGCCGACCAGACAAGACGAGACGGAGCUGUAAAAAUAGGAAAUAAUACUUAGGUCGCCGGUACGAUAGCCGGCGGCGAGAAAUAAUUAUGACAUUGAACACGUGCCAAGCAAAGCUGAAAAUGACAUUAAUACUCUCAUGUUAUGAUAAUAGCAACGGUAUAAUACGAAAUGAUAGAUGUCUCCUCGAGUGAAUUGUGUCGUCUCCUACAUUUCUAACGUUGAUUUAACGCGCGUUCUUGAAUUACACGCGACAAUGUUUAUUUUGUUAGCCAUGACGCGUUACAAUAUAUAUAUACAAUCUCUCGCUACUUUUCCAUCGCUGAUAAAAUCACAAACGACGUAGUCACUGCUACGCCACGGAACUGAACCGAGCAUUGUUUUUAAAUGUAUAAUUAAUAAACAAGAAAAGCAACCGUAAGCGAGAACAUUCCGCGCGUCAUUUCCACGAUGGCUUGCACGUUCGAAUGAUAAAUCUCCAAGUCUGCCAGCGUGAUCUAUCACACCACUUCCUCAAGAAGCUUCCAAGGCGUGCGUUCUGCCGAUGCACGUCGCUCUCCGAGGAGGCGAUUCAUCGCGCAUCGCAGACUCAAAUCCGAGUCGGCCAAUUCGUCAUUGAGCAGCUUCGAAUCGGGAAAGCUGGGGCUAAUUUGGACCGAAGGAGCCGCGCGUGGCUCGAGUCCCGAGCGACAGCGCGCCAGAAGAUUUUUACGAAAGCGCGACAGACACGCACGAGGGACGUCGGGGAACACCCGCGGAGAGGAGGACGACGGACGUUGGACGGACGGACGAACGGACGGUGUGCAGAAGGUAAACGGAGGCGGACGGCACGAGCGAAGCCGAGGAAGAGGGAGCAAAAAGAGCCGCGCAGGCGCCGGCCUAACGUGGAGAACGCUCGACGUCCGCGUGGCGCGAGUUAGAACUUGACUUGGUGCUUUCAGUCUUGGCCCGUCCCUUCGUCCAUCCUCGUCCUUGCCAGGCAAGAGAGAGAAAGAGAGAGAGGGAGAGAAAGAAAGGGAGAGAGAAGGAGAGAGAGAGAGAGAGCAGCCCCUACGGCGGGACCCUGCGUCAGUACCCCGCCGAAGCCGGCUGACAGAAGGAAAGUAUGCAUUCGGAGUCUCGACCGAUCGUAGGAAGAAGGACGCGGUGUCGAGGAGCACCCUGCACGAUCCACCGACCGAGCCGGCUCACUGUUCACCAGCAAUUACGAAGAGCACCGCGAUGAAGAAGACCACGCGUCGUCCACGUGCCUUCUGCGAGCUCACAGCAACGUGACUCCACGUGUCUCCAACAAAGUGUGAGAGCUCGUCCUCCAGGCAAAAUUUCGAAUUUAACUCUGCGAGCAACUUUCACGUCAACGUUUUUAGACUGGUGUCAUUGUCUCUACUGCGAAAUUUUAGGCAAAGAUGAGAUUGCUGAGUUGAGAAUAAUUCAGAAGUAACAAUCAUACUGUGAAAUCCGGAGAUAUCCGGAUAUAUCGGAAGAAUAGUAUUCUGCCAAGUCGAAGGAAAUCUGCAAGCUGCGCCUGUUACCGAUCGAUGUGGACGAUCGCGACAUGUCGCAGGAGAUUUUGCCGCGUGGGGAGGCAGCCACGAUUGCAAUGAGCGGUGCUCACGUGUCAAAAAGGAGCAGCCGUGCUCAACGUCGUUGGCGUAUCCUGGCACGAGCGCUGACCGGCUCACCGGAACCGGCCGGCAGCGACUCCGAGGAAGAGGUCUCGGUGCGACGGUUCACCAGUUUCGGCUUGCUCAAGUGUACACUGCUGGAGAACACGCUGGCGGACGGCGAGUCCAGCUGGUGCGAGUAUUCGACCGAGCUAGACGGCCGACUUUACGACGUGCAGGUACGGCGAAUCAGCAAAUGCUUCACGGCGAGCGAACUGAUCGGUUUCAACAACACCGGCAACGUAUGCGUCUGGCCGUCCGAGGAGUGUCUGGCCUACUACUUGCUGAGGAACCGCAGCCUUUGCCGGAACCGGAGCGUCCUUGAACUCGGUGGCGGCAUGAGCUGCCUGGCCGGCGUCCUCGCGGCCAAGUACUGCAAUCCCAGCGCCGUGACACUCACAGACGGCAACGUGACCAGCGUGGACAACGUGCGUUGCAUCGUCGACAGGAACGACAUGACGGAUCUGGUGGAGUGCGGCGUCGUGCAGUGGGCUCGGGCCGCCAGGGCUCUCAGACAGGCGGCGGUCAAUGGUAACCGCGUUAAGACCCGGACGGCUGACAGCGACGAAGACGCGCGAUUACCGUCGAGCCUCUACGACAUGAUCCUCUGCGCUGACUGUCUCUUCUUCGACGACGCGCGACUGGACCUAGUGGAGACUAUCUACGGCUGGCUGGCCGAUGACGGGGUCGCCCUGGUGAUGGCACCCAGACGCGGCACGACAUUCCAGAAGUUCGCCGAGGCGUCCAUCAGACGCGGCUUCAUAGCGCGCCAGACGGAACGAUACGACGAUACGGUCUGGUUGAGGCAUCUGCAGCUGUUGCAGAAUAAUCCGGAGUAUUGCCCAGAUCUGCACUACCCGGUGCUGCUGGAACUCACCAAACAGAAGAAGACGUCGCCUGGAUGAUGGGGCUCGAUCGAAGACGACGAGGACGAUCAACCGGACGAGAGCGUCAGCGAGGGAUAAGAAAAAGUGUUUGCGACAGUUUCUGAUUCGCCGGCUGGAUCGUAUGCACUUUAUUCGCGCUCAUAGCAGAGGUUGUGUGAAGAGAAUGAAUGUACUUUCCUUCCUCUCUCCCCCCUCUUUCCCUCCCCGAGCGGAGACCUACGCUAUACGUAGAGUUGUACAAGACUGCAGUCUAUGUCGUCAAGGCAAUGCCAAGGCCGACAUGUUAUUCGUGCGUCCGAUUAAGCGUUUAGCGCUCGUGUGCAUCCGCGGAUCGAUCUGCCGCUCGUACGCAUCGUUCCACAUCGUCGCUAGUGCCGCAAAAAAAAAGAGUCCGAGAGGGUAGGUUUUUAUAUUAUGCGCGAGGAUUGAAGAGGUUUGUGUAGCCGAUCUCCGCUUCGUUAAUUAAUCCGCACGUUGAGUGCGCGCGGUUGAUAUUCUCGAUCGAACUCGCAUCCCGUACAAGAAUCCAAGAGUACAAAUGUUAAUAAUAUUUGUACUUUCGACGUUUCACACACUUAUUCGGACUUAAUGAUGCGUAAAUUGAUAUACAGCCGAUGUGUAUUUGUCACUUCGAUUUGUAGCGCAUUUCGCAGCGCGAUUGUUUGUAGCGAAUAAUGCGCCGAGUGACGCGAGCAGUUCUAUAAUCUUUCGCCUUAAAUUAAUCCGCCGUAUCGUAGGUCGUGAAUAUUAGUCUCACACGUAGCAGGUGAGACUUUUGGCACCACUUUACACGCAGCGUGUAGUGCGACGAAGAGCGUAAGAAUGUCGAGCGGAAACUUUCCAAACGAGUGGACUCGUCUCUGACGAAGGGGGAGGGAGGCAGAAUUCGGAACUUAUAGGCAAUUUCGGGUCAUCCGUUUGAGGUAUUUCUUUCACGUAGUACGGACGAGAUGAAGACUGUGUCGCGGAAUGAGGUUAGUCGUCGGUUCGACAAAGACGUGGAAGAGAUUAAUGCUGCCGAUUUAACGUUACAAGAAAGAAGUUACGAGAUAAAACUACGAAUUAUCAGUUCGUUCCAAGAUAAAUAUGACGGUGUCUGCCACACCCGUAUUGUUCUUUGCUCGGGCUUAAAGCGUGACCGUUGACUGGGAGGACUCUUCUUAGGCGUACCUGAUUUUAUAUCAUGCCGGCUGCAAACGUCGCGACGAGGCGAUCGACUUUCGGAUCUGAUGCCGCAGAUUAAAAGGUCAAAGUACUAAUAUCUGCACCUAAUUCUCGGCAUUCUUAUUUCUUCUGGCCUCCAAAUUAGUUCGGAAGGGCAAAUUUAAAUACUCGAGUUUAAUGGGAAAUAAAAAGAAGAAAUAAAAACGUCUAGGAUUAGGAGCAUUGAUAUUUUUACCUUAGAACAUCAUUUAUAACGGCGAGACAAUAGUCGUAAGUUUCUCGAUCGUCAGUCCGGGACCCCGACAUUAAGUAGAUAGCUCGAAGUACUUCUCGAGAUCGUCGUUCAUCGCAGCCGGCAGGACCAAUGGUAAAGACCGGGUAGUAUUUAAAUACUGGGCUAUGUAACUGCUAGGCAUCCGUAUUGUUUCUAGCGAAUUCUGUUCAUCGCAAACUUGCGCUAACAAAUAUCCUCGUGGAUUAUUGGGAGAAUCUAGUGUCAAUAUAUUACCAAUUAAACAGAUGCUAUUGAGGGUCCAAAAAAAUGUGCGUGUGUGUAUGUUUGUGAGAGGAGUCAAGUGGCACAGAAAAAAAAGAAUGUCGACAUUUGUCGAUUCGGCGAUAAACUCGGGAGAGAUCCAAAGUGUCAAUAAAAUAUUGAUUAUUACGCUUGUUACACUAUAGAUACACUGCUAUAAUUGGCACUAUAUAAUUGCCAGAGAAGUUUAAGGACAUCCAUGAGGGAACGACUUUUACGCAGGUCGAUUUGACAAGGGGUGUAUAGUGAUUUAUUUAUUUAUUUAUUUAUGCUCGUAUAUAUUUAUACAUCUUAUGAUGACAAAUUUCUCGAAUAGUUAUUAGAUACUUCCGAGAGCGUUCUGAACCCAUUACCUCAAAGGACCAAUCAUAUAUAUAUAUAUAUAUAUAUAUAUAGUUAAGUCUAGUCAGAUCCACCAAACUUCCAUUGUUACGUACCUACUUACGUAGAUUAGAUGUGAUUAGAUAAAGAAAGUCGCUCUUUCCACUCGUGUAACACGGCGAGCUAUAACGAAUAGGGAGAAAGUUAAAUGAUCGCACCACGUAGAAUAAAGGGUUAAUUUUAUAUGAAAAAAAGAAAAUGAAGAAAGGGUUAAUCUUUUCUCACGUGCGAUUGUCCUUUUUCUGAGGUUCAGGUCACCAUAGCCAUAGAAGAGAAGGUUUUUUUCGAUCCACAUCCGCUAGGUGGAGAAUUUAUGGACUCUUUGUAGCCCUGGAGAGUUGUUGUGUACACGUGCGUUAUGCGCAUGAGAGAAAAUCUCCAUAGUAAUAAACUAUUUUCACUUAGA